AUUGUAAAGCGCCGAAGUGGAUUUCUUUUGGAAAGCGCGGUGCAACGACCUUUGAUCCGUCUACAAGAGACUUCAGAGCGAACGCCGCUAUCGACUCGACAGUUAAGAAGGGCGACGAUGACAAAACCAAUUUCGAGUUGCAACGUAAAGAGAUAAUUGAAGCUGUUGAAGAAGGUAGUGCGAAAGUAUUUGCUGCUCCCAAGAUUCAACCUCCGCCGAGAUCACAAGAGUCAAAUGUCACCAGAACUACAAAACCAGCAGUAAUCAAAGAACGAGGUCACGAUCGUCGCGUCAAGAAAGGAAGGCGACGUGGUGGAGACAGCGACGAUGAGGAGGUACCUGCCGAAUUUGCGCGUCCAUCCAAGCCAUCUACACUCUUCGAUUUCGUUGCCACUAACGUCAUCCCAGAUGCUGACAAUAGCCGUCCUGCGCCUCCUGCUUCAAAUAGCAACUCUGUGAAUCCACCUCGGAUAAGUGGACAGUUUUCAAGAAAGGAAAUUCAUCCUUCUGAUGGCCAGCAGAAAAGAGGGAAUUCUAGUUACAAAGGGAACUAUCCUAAACAAGGGAAGGAGCAGCGAGACAUACCUCCACACUCCACAUUUUCUGGAGAGAAUCGUGAUUAUAAUCAAAGGCCACGUGAACCUAACACCGCACGCCGUGAAAAUAAUCGGUUUCAACAACAGUACCCAAAUUCACAGCAGCGGUUUGCCAGCCACCGCAAAAUACGGUUCCCAGCCAAGUCUACAAGCAAAAGCCGAGUGGUCCUGCCAACAGUCGUAACGAUUUUCCUCCUCAUUCUGUGCCCUCUACCUAUAGAAGCCCAAGAGGUCAAUCGGACUUCAUCCCGUCUUCAGAGCGUUCUCGAGAUCGGUUUGUAA